AUGGCGCAAGCCGCCAAGCAGCUACGCAAGAACAAGGACCUAGCGGAGCUCGCAGCUCAGGAGCUGAAGGAUAAGGAGGAGGAGAAGAACAAGAAGAGGAAUCGAUCGAGGGACCGGAGACGCAAGGCGGAUGCUGCCACCAGUUUCCUCCGUGCGGCCCGUUCAGGGAACCUGGACAAGGCUCUGGACCACAUCAAGAAUGGAAUAGACAUCAACACAUCCAAUCAGAAUGGGCUCAACGGUUUGCAUCUGGCAUCUAAAGAAGGCCACGUCAAGAUGGUCCUGGGGCUACUACACGCUGGCAUUGUCCUGGAGACCACAACUAAGAAAGGGAACACUGCCCUCCAUAUCGCUGCGUUGGCAGGCCAGGAGAGAGUGGUGGCUGAGCUCGUCAACUAUGGAGCCAACGUCAAUUCCCAGUCACAGAAAGGCUUCAGUCCCCUAUACAUGGCUGCACAAGAGAACCACUUAGAUGUAGUAAAGUUUCUGCUAGAGAACGGAGCCAAUCAGAGCCUUCCAACAGAGGAUGGGUUCACGCCGCUGGCGGUGGCUCUUCAGCAGGGUCAUGAGAACGUGGUGGCCCUGCUCAUCAACUACGGCACCAAGGGCAAGGUCCGUCUGCCUGCCCUGCACAUCGCUGCACGCAACGACGACACACGCACUGCCGCAGUGCUGCUGCAGAACGACCCUAACCCUGACGUCCUCAGCAAGACUGGCUUCACUCCUCUCCACAUUGCGGCUCACUAUGAGAACCUGAGUGUGGCCCAACUGCUAAUAAACAGAGGCGCCAAUGUCAACUUUACUCCCAAGAAUGGUAUCACCCCCCUACACAUAGCCUCCAGGAGGGGUAAUGCGAUCAUGGUUCGACUUUUGCUGGACAGAGGGGCCCAGAUAGACGCCAUGACCAAGGAUGAGCUGACCCCUCUGCACUGUGCGGCCAGGAACGGUCAUGUCAGGAUCAUCGAUCUCCUGCUGGACCUGGGGGCUCCUAUCCAGGCCAAGACCAAGAAUGGCCUGUCCCCCAUCCACAUGGCGGCCCAGGGAGACCACAUGGACUGUGUGAGGCAGCUCCUCCAGUACAACGCUGAGAUCGAUGACAUCACGCUGGACCACCUGACCCCUCUACACGUGGCGGCCCACUGUGGUCACCACCGCAUGGCCAAAGUGCUGCUGGACAAGGGGGCCAAGGCCAACGCACGUGCACUGAAUGGGUUCACUCCCCUCCACAUUGCCUGUAAGAAGAACCACAUGCGCUCCAUGGACCUUCUGCUGAAACACUCUGCCUCCCUGGAGGCCGUCACAGAGUCUGGUCUGACCCCUCUUCAUGUAGCAGCCUUCAUGGGGCACCUGAACAUUGUGAAGAACCUGCUCCAUAGAGGAGCUUCACCCAACGCCUCCAAUGUGAAAGUGGAGACACCCCUCCACAUGGCAUCCAGGGCAGGCCACUGUGAGGUGGCUCUGUUCCUGUUGCAGAACACAGCACAGGUGGAUGCAAAGGCUAAGGAUGACCAGACCCCUCUCCACUGUGCGGCCCGUAUGGGACAUAAGGAGCUGGUCAAGCUGCUCCUGGAGCACAAGGCCAAUCCCGACUCGGCUACCACAGCUGGCCACACCCCCUUACACAUCGCCGCCCGCGAGGGACACACCCACACCACCCGCAUCCUCCUGGAUGGGGCGGCCCAACAAACCAAGAUGACAAAGAAAGGCUUCACUCCUCUCCAUGUGGCCUGUAAGUACGGCAAGGUGGAUGUGGUUGAGCUGCUGCUGGAGAGAGGAGCCAAUCCCAACGCGGCUGGAAAGAAUGGCCUGACUCCUCUACAUGUGGCCGUCCAUCACAACAAUCUGGACGUGGCCAAGCUGCUGGUUAGCAAGGGAGGCAACGCACACAGCACUGCCCGGAAUGGCUACACUCCCCUGCAUAUUGCAGCCAAGCAGAACCAGGUGGAGGUGGCCGGCUGCCUGCUGCAGUACGGAGCCUCUGCCAACGCUGAGUCUCUCCAGGGGGUCACGCCCCUCCACCUGGCCUCCCAGGAGGGCCGGCCGGACAUGGUGGCCCUGCUCAUCUCCAAACAGGCUAACGUCAACCUGGGGAACAAGAAUGGACUGACCCCUCUGCACCUGGUGGCCCAGGAAGGUCACGUAGGGAUAGCAGAUACCCUGGUCAAACAGGGGGCAUCAGUCUAUGCAGCCUCACGGAUGGGCUACACAGCGCUUCACGUGGCCUGUCACUAUGGCAACAUCAAGAUGGUGAAGUUCCUCCUGCAGCAGCAGGCUCAUGUGAACAGCAAGACCAGAGUGGGCUACACUCCCCUGCACCAGGCCGCCCAGCAGGGUCAUACUGACAUCGUUACCCUGCUGCUCAAACACGGAGCCCAGCCCAACGACAUCACCACUAAUGGGACUUCUCCUCUGGGCAUCGCCAAGCGUCUGGGUUACAUCUCUGUCAUUGAUGUGCUGAAGUUGGUCACAGAGGAGGCCGUUUCCGUGAUCACCACAGAGAAACAUCGGAUGAGUUUCCCUGAGACAGUGGAUGAGAUAUUGGACGUUUCAGAGGAUGAGGGCAUUGCAGCGCUAACAUUAGGGGAUGAGUUGCUGGGGAUGGAUGGUGCUCGCUACCUGAAGCUUGACGACCUCAGGGACCAGGAUGAUGAUUUCCUGUCCCCUAAGAAGACCCUGAGAGACUUUGAGGGUGGACUGGGUACCACGCCAUACUCUCCUGCUAUUCCUAGAAUCCCAUGCGUGUCCCCAGAGACCGUCCUGCUGGAGGGGGUAAUGUUUAAAAGACACACCCCUGUCCCCCUGCCUAAGGACUAUGAUGAGGACUCUCUGAUCCCCAGCAGUCCUGCUACAGAGACCUCCGACAACGUCAGCCCAGUGGCCAGCCCUAUACACACAGGGUUCCUGGUCAGUUUCAUGGUGGAUGCCCGGGGGGGCUCCAUGCGUGGCAGCAGACACCAUGGGCUGCGUGUCAUCAUCCCCCCUCGGACCUGUGCAGCCCCUACCCGUAUCACCUGUCGUCUGGUCAAACCCCAGAAACUCACCACCCCUCCCCCGCUAGUGGAGGGAGAGGGCCUGGCCAGCCGUAUCAUCUCCCUGGGGCCCUCCAGUAUGCAGUUCUUAGAGCCAGUGAUAGUGGAGAUUCCCCACUUUGCUGCUCUGGGUCGAGGGGACCGGGAGCUGGUGGUUCUGCGCAGUGAGAACGGCUCUGUCUGGAAGGAGCAUCGCAAUCGCUAUGGCGACGAGGUGCUGGAGACCAUUUUGAAUGGCAUGGAUGAAGACCUGGAGAGUCACGAGGAGUUGGAGAAGAAGAGAAUCCGCCGAAUUAUCUCCACUGACUUCCCCCUCUACUUCGCUGUGGUGUCCCGCGUCCAGCAGGAGAGCGACCUGAUUGGCCCAGAGGGAGGUCAGCUGACCAGUAACCUGGUCCCUCAUGUCCAGGCCAUCUUCCCUGAGACAGCGGUCACCAAGAGAGUUCGGCUGGGGCUGCAGGCUCAGCCAAUCCCAGACGAGCUGCUGACUCGACAGCUUGGUAACCAAGCGACCUUCAGUCCAGUGGUCACGGUAGAGCCACGACGACGCAAGUUCCACCGGCCAAUCGGAUUACGAAUCCCACUGCCCCCUUCUUGGAGGGAGAGUCCACGUGACGCUGGGGAUGGGGACACCACCAGCCUGCGCCUCCUCUGCAGUGUCAUUGGUGGAACAGCACCUGCCCAAUGGGAGGAUAUCACUGGCACCACCAAGCUGAUGUACGCCAACAACUGCGCCAACUUCACCACCAACGUCUCCGCAAGGUUCUGGCUGGCAGACUGCCCUCGCACGGCCGAGGCGGUGACCUUCGCCAACCUGCUGUACCGGGAGCUGAUGGCAGUGCCCUACAUGGCCAAGUUUGUGAUAUUCGCAAAAAUGAAUGAGGCGCGCGAGGGCCGCCUACGCUGCUACUGCAUGACCGACGACAAGAUGGACAAAACCCUGGAGCUGCACGAGAACUUCAGCGAGGUGGCACGGAGCAGGGAUAUAGAGGUGAUGGAGGGCAUGCCGCUGCACCUGGAGUGUUCUGGGAACCUGGUGCCUGUGAGGAAGGCCACUCAGCAGCCACGUAGCUUCAGCUUCCAAGCCUUCAGAGACAACAGACUGCCUGUCUCGGUCAAGGUUAGAGACAGCAAUAAGGAGGCCUCUGGGUUCCUUUCUUUCCUACGAAAGUCUACCAAGUAUGAGGACUCCCAGCAUGUGCUGUGUAACCUCAACAUCACCAUGCCACCCUGUGUCAAGGUUGUGGGGAGUGAGGAGCGCAGGCGAACUCUGACCCCACUGGCCCUGAGGGAGCGCUACAGCAUGCUGAACGAGCCCGGUCUCGGUAAGUCAUACCAUGCCUUGAAUGCCAUGGAGAGGACCGAGCUCAAGAUCUCUCUCAUAUCUGAACAGCUGGGCUUGAGCUGGGCAGAGUUGGCGCGGGAGCUGCAUUUUGGUGUAGAUGACAUUAACAGAAUCAGGGUGGAGAAUCCUAACUCCCUCCUGGACCAGAGUUCAGCCCUGCUCAAUCUGUGGGCCGGCCGGGAGGGCAAGAGGGCCAAGAUGGAGAGUGUGUAUGGGGCUCUCAAAAACAUUGACCGUUCAGACAUUGUGAGUUCAGUGGAGGGCCAGCCACAGGCAGAGGCCGGGGCCUCAGAGGAGGGUGCCUGCAGACUGGCCGACCGCGACUCCACCCUGCUCUCCCCCAGUGUUAUCAAUGGUUACGGGCUGGUGCAGGAGGAGCUGCUCUCCCCGGCCUCCUUGCAGUACAGCCUGCCCUCUCCACUGGGUGCUGAGCCCUACUGGCAGGAGGUGUCCAGUCUGGAGUGUGCCCCAAUCGCCACCACCGAAGAAGACAUCCUGAUGGAAAUGUCUGAAGUGCAGGUGUGGCCCUCGGGGGUCAGCCCCUCUCUGGUCACAGUGGAGGACUCAUCCCUGGAUGGCAGCAGCCGGGCUGACGACUCAGAGGGGGCCACCCUGUCCCUUCCCUUCAGCCUGGGGCGCCCCAGCAGUGGGGCAAGCGGGGCCAGUGGCUCCAUCAUGGGGCUGGAGGAGGAAGAGGAAGGGGAGGUAAAGGAGGUGCGGCAGGAGCCGGCAGACAGGGACAGGGUGAGGGCCAGCGGUGCGGUGCCAAAGGUCAACCUGAAUGGCCAGCUGGGAGGUCAGAGGUCGGAGGGCAGGAGGGUGGAGGUAGCAGCAUCAGUGGCGGGCAGCAGUGUGACCGGAGGAGGAGGAGGAGGAGUAGGGCAGAGUUCAGAGGAAGGGCUUUCUGUUGUUUCAGGACAGCAGGUCUAUGCCCAGCUGUGUGAGAUGUCAGGACUGAGCCGAACCAUGGAGCACAACGGAGACAACAGGGUGUUGGGAGGCAGUGCAUUCCAGCCAUACCUACCCGACAAGGACUCCCUGCAUGGCUGGGCGGGGUUGCAGACACCCAGGCUGCCCCGGCAGAGUGUGGAGACGCUGAUGAUGUUACCAGGGUCACGCGAAGCCCAGGAGGCUAUCUUGACGCCGGUGUGUGACAUGGGGCAUGCUGUGCAGGCAACUGUUUGGCACGCAGCCCUUUGA